GUGAGCCCAAUUUUCAAAAUCUCUCUCUCUCUCUCUCUCUCUCUCUCUCUCUCUCUCUCUCUCUCUCACACACACACACACACACCGUUUCCGAUGUCGCGUUUGCUCUGGAAAUCUCCCAACUUCAUCACCAACGUACGAUCGAGGUAACAGUCGCCUGCCGCCACCUCCUAAACCCUCCUCCGUCGACACGCAAUUAUGGCCUUCACCCAUUCUUCCCAACCAGGAUUUGCAGUAUCAAAUGAAAAGAGGAAUGGAGGUUUAGGCAGCGGCAGUCGCAGCGAGAAGGCUCAGAAACAGUGGUCGUUGCAAGACUUCGAGAUCGGAAAACCCCUCGGCAAAGGCAAAUUCGGCCGCGUAUACCUCGCUCGUGAACUCAAGAGCAAGUUCAUAGUGGCGUUGAAGGUGAUAUUCAAGGAGCAGAUAGAGAAGUACAAGCUGCACCACCAGCUGAAGAGAGAGAUGGAGAUCCAGACGAAUCUUCGACACCCUAACGUGCUCAGGUUGUACGGAUGGUUCCACGACGAUGACCGGAUUUACUUGAUCUUGGAGUAUGCACAUGGCGGCGAGCUCUAUCGCCAGCUCCGAAAGACCGGCCAUCUUGGCGAGAGACAGGCCGCUACAUACAUUGCAAGCCUUACUCAAGCGUUGGCGUAUUGUCACGAGAAGGAUGUGAUUCACCGGGAUAUCAAGCCAGAGAAUUUGUUGCUUGAUCACGAGGGUCGUCUGAAGAUUGCAGACUUUGGGUGGUCUGUUCAAUCCAGAAGCAAGAGACACACCAUGUGUGGAACUCUGGACUAUCUAGCACCAGAAAUGGUGGAAAACAAAGCCCAUGACUAUGCAGUUGAUAAUUGGACUUUGGGCAUCCUGUGUUAUGAGUUCUUAUUUGGCGUCCCUCCAUUUGAGGCUGAGAGCCAAACUGAUACAUUCAGAAGGAUUAUGAAGGUUGACCUCAGAUUCCCUUCCACCCCUCAUGUUUCGUCAGAAGCUAAAAAUCUCAUUAUCCGGCUUCUUGUGAAGGACUCGUCCAAAAGGCUAUCGCUUCAGAAGAUCAUGGAGCACCCUUGGAUAAUAAAAAAUGCUGAUCCAUCGGGUACCUGCUCUAAAUUCAAUCCUUAGUUGUCCUUUGAACCUUGGAUGACUGAGGAAUUAGCUUAGUCUAUUGUUGUUUGUUUAACGUAGUAGGGCAGCAAAAGUGUGACUACUUACUAGAGUUCAGCUUCUAGCCUCUAAUUCUGAGCACUCCAAAUGUAAGCAGAAUGUAACAUGAGGUUAUUGACAGAUGAGGGGAGAAGGGUCGUGUUUGUCAACUGGCACACACUCUACAGAACUUCCUUUUAGAACUGAAAAUAUUUGGAAACAACUGGAUUCCAUUUGCUAUGUAUCUAUCAAUAUCCGAUAAACCAUUAUGUUUCUUUCAUGAUCUUCAAGUGGUAAAUUUUUGUUAGCUUUGGCCUUAAUCUUUUGGC